AUGGCCGGAGCAGGCACUUCAAAACCUCCUCUUGCUUUGGUAACAGGAGCAACAGGGGGAAUCGGAUAUGCCACUUCACUUGCCUUGGGACGGCUGGGUUAUUGUGUUGCGGUGCAUUACAACUCUGCUGUUGAGACAGCUACCACACUUGUCAAUGAACUCCAGUUGUUAGGCGUGAAAGCCGCCGCGUUUCAGGCAAACCUUUCAUCAUACGAUGAAACAAGACGGCUUCAUGGCGAAGUCGUCAAAAACCUGGGUCAUCCAAGCAUCCUGUUCAACAAUGCCGGGGUGACUCAGGGCAAAAGCGGUGUCAAAGACAUAUCGGAGAUCACCAUAGACGACUUCGAGGCAACCUGGCGCACGAAUUGUGGCACUGGAUUUUUACUCACUCAGUUGUGUAUCCCUGCAAUGGUUUCCAGUAGUUGGGGUAGGGUGAUAUUUUGUUCCAGUGUGGCAGGCUUCACCGGUGGUGUCGUUGGGCCACACUAUGCGUCAUCCAAAUCAGCCAUCCAUGGCCUGGUACACUGGUUGGCAAAUGCGUACGGAAAAAGUGGCAUCACUGUCAACGGAGUCGCGCCUGCGUUGAUCGAGGAAACCAAGAUGCUGCCUGGUUCAAACUCGGAGCUCUCAGCUAAAAUACCCAUUGGCAGGCUGGGAAAACCAGAAGAGAUAGCAGAGACCGUUGUUUGGAUUGUGAAGACCGGAUACGUCCACAAUAAGGUCGUCGCCGUUGAUGGCGGCAUGUUUAUCCAGUAG